AUGUAUUCUAUGCAUUUAAAUUUUAUUUUACAAGACAGUUAUUUUUUUUCACAGCUUUUAUCAAAUUCAUCGUUUGAUCAUCUUGAAUGUAUUCUGGUUAAAGUCGUUCAAUCCGAUAUACUUAUUCCAAUUCUAUUCAAUUUAUCGUAUUUAUCAUGUCUUUUCGCGUUGACAAUCGAAGCAUGGUGUAUUAAAGAAAAAAUUAAUGAUAUAUAUCGAUUAAUAUUUGUUUUACGUAAAUUAAAAUAUUAUCGUAUGUUCUGUUUUAAUGAUGAUCAUUUAAUUACACUUUCAUUAGCGACAAAUAACCAAUGCAGUCCACUUGAACGUCUUAUUAUCAAUCAUCGUUGUUCUUUAAAUGAACUUGAAUCAUUAAUUCCGUAUACACUAGAACUUCGUCAAUUAACUAGUCAUCAAACUGAUUCAAAUAUUACGAUGUUACAAUCCAUUACAUUAAUUAAUUUGAUGUUUAUUUAUUUACAUAUGUGCAAAAUAUCAUUUUAUGAAUUAAAAACAUUCUUAGUUAAUAUAUCUUCAGCUUUAAAGAUCUUGUCUAUUCAUUGUUCAGAAAAUAUCUUUUUUCUUGAUGCUCAUCGAUGGGAACAAUUUAUUUCAUAUUAUUAUCCUCAAUUAGAAAAAUUCUAUUUCACAUAUUAUGAUCUUACUGAUAAUGAUAAUCAAUAUGAAAUAUAUCCUGGACAAAUAAAUCAAUUUUCUUCAACAUUUUGGAUUGAACGAAAAUGGAUAUUUCAUGUUGAAAUUGAUAAUGCAGAUAUCAAAUAUAUCGUUUAUCCAUACAAAAAAACCUGGUAUGAUUAUAUAGAUAAUAAGAAUAUUGAACAUUCAACAUCAACUAGUUUAAUGUUAGCAAUUGAUCUUAAUCCUUUUUAUCUUGAAAUAUUAUUCGAAAGAAUCAGACUUGUGUUAACAAUAACACAAAUAUAUCAUUUGGAAAUUAUUGAAGAAUAUAUAGUACCGGAAUGUUAA